GAAUCUUUAGUUGCCGUUUGGGGAACUCCUCUAUUCAUACCCAUGCAACAAAUCCGCCAUUGUUAGGGCUACAACAGUCAAACUUUAUCACUAGUACCUUGUUUCCAAAUCCCCAAACCAGGUUCUGUAUACCACCAGUUUAUUCUCAAUCUUAGGGGCGGCCACCCAACCUCUCCAAGCAGAUUUCUCUCUUUCUUCCAUUUUUCUCUCUAUUUUAUCCACUUUUUUUAUUUUUUUCUUUUUACAUUCUUAUUUCUCUCCCCCCAUCUCACAAUGUAUUGUCAUUCUACUCAAGCAAUUCCUCCUGUUCCAAAUGGCCCCCGGUUUUCCUUUCUUUCUCCUCUCCUCUUCUUUCUAUAUAAUAUUUUCUUAUUCCACUUCCUUUUUCUGUUCUUUCAUCCUCAUCUCCUUCUUCUUCUUCCUGACUUGUUACCUUUUCUUCGGUUCUUGUUACUUGUUCGUCUCUGAUUUCUCCUUUUUCAACGAACCCCAUUUCCAUUUCUCUUCAGUUUUUGAUUCCCCUGCUUUAUAAAGACCGAACCAGAUCGUAUUUCUGCAUCCUUCGAUGCUUUUCGCAUCUGGGUUUUUGAUUUUGGGUUGAAAUAACCGUGUUAAUUUUUUUUUUUUUUGUGGGAGGGGGGUUUUUAUUGAGUUCUCCUGAGAAUGGAAACGAGAGCGGUGAAUCGAGGGAGUAAUAGAAUUGGGCAUGUGAAUAAGGUUCAGUAUGUGAGAAGGGAUUUUAAGAAGAGGAAAUGUAGAAAGAUCAGACGGUCUAUUCCUGUAGUUCCUAUGGCGCUUCAGGAACUGUUUGUUUCUUGUAGGGAAGUCUUCAAAGGCCCUGGAACUGUUCCACUGCCUUGUGAUGUUGAAAAACUCUGCCGCAUUCUUGAUAAUAUGAAGGCAGAAGAUGUUGGACUUAGUAGUAGUUUGCAGUUUUUCAAGCCCAAUGUUCCAGUCAAAGGAUCCCCUAGAGUCACAUACACAACCAUAUACAAGUGCGACAAUUUCUCGUUGUGCAUCUUCUUCCUCCCUGCAACUGGUGUAAUCCCUCUACACAACCAUCCUGGAAUGACUGUUUUCAGUAAGCUUCUUUUGGGGAAAAUGCACAUCAAAUCUUAUGAUUGGGUUGAUCCAACUAACAGUGAUGAUACUGCCCAACCUUGUGAAAAGAGAUUGGCAAAGCUGAAAGCCGAUGCUGUCUUCACUUCACCCUGCAGUACCUCUGUUUUGUACCCAACAUCAGGAGGCAACAUCCACUCAUUCACUGCUAUAACGCCAUGUGCGGUGCUUGAUGUGCUUGGACCUCCUUAUUCCAUGGAGGAUGGUCGAGAUUGUUCGUACUAUAAGGAACAUCCCUAUGCCUCUUUUCCAAAUGGUGACAUGGGAUUGGGAGAAGAAGAUCAGGGUGAGGGUUAUGGAUGGUUAGAAGAGAUUGAGGUGCCAGAAAACUCUGAAAUGGAUGGAAUAGAAUACUUAGGCCCUCAAAUCUGUGACAUUUAAGCCUAGUUUUGUUUUGUUUACUUUGCCUCACAUUUAUUUACCUCCACUUCACAAUGCCCUUCCCUCUUUUUCUUUUAUUUAUUUGUUUAUAUCUUUCAUCUUCAUCUUCAUCUUGUUUUCUGGGGUUUUAAACUUUUUUUUCUUUGACUGUAGAGCUUCUCCAAAAGUCAACUUCUUUUGGUUGUUGUAUAUAAAAAUGGUACAAAGUUGUAUCUUUCAUGCCUUCUUCUUUCCUCCUUCCAUUGAGGUUUGUUGAUUUU